GAAGAAGGCCACUGGUGAUCUUGCGCAGAGAGAAGCUUCAGCAUGCUUAGCCUUCCUUUGCUGUUGCUUCUCUUGGCUACCAGCUCAUACAGUUUCCCCGUGUUUCAGGACGGAGCCCGGCAGAAUGUGGAAACAGUCUGGAAAUACCUGGAAAACUACUACAACUUGGGUGAAGACGUCCAAGCUAAAAACGUGGAUGCCAAGGAGGUGAUGGCUGAAAAGCUGAGGCAAAUGCAGCAGUUAUUUGGGCUGAAAGUGACAGGAAAUUCAAAUUCUGAAACCCUGAGUGCUAUGAGGAAACCUAGGUGUGGGGUGCCUGAUGUGGCCCCAUAUGCCAUUACUCACAACAAUCCUCGUUGGACCAAAACACAUCUGACUUACAGCAUUUUAAACUACACACCAUAUUUGCCAAAAGAAGUUAUAGAAAACGCCAUCGAGAGAGCCUUUAAAGUCUGGAGUGAUGUGACACCACUAACAUUCGAAAGGGUUUUUGAGGAGGAAGGUGAUAUUGUGUUCGCCUUCUACAGAGGAGACCAUAGUGACAAUAACCCAUUUGAUGGACCUGAAUAUGGACUUGCUCACACAUUCCCACCAGGCCCACGUUUGGGGGGCGAUGUUCAUUAUGAUCUGGAUGAGACGUGGACCGACAACAGUGACAAUUUCAAUUUGUUCUAUGUUACGGCUCAUGAACUGGGCCACUCCCUUGGACUCACUCAUUCUAGAGAUGUAGGAGCACUAAUGUUCCCCAGCUACACAUGGUACACUGAAGACUUUGUGCUAAACCAGGAGGAUAUUAAUCGCAUCCAGGCUUUAUAUGGGCCUUCCCCAAAUCCCAUCCAGCCAACAGGUGCAACAACACCACAUCCAUGUGAUGGUGAUCUAACCUUCGACGCUAUAACUACGUUUAGGGGAGAGGUGAUGUUCUUUAAAGGCAGGUUCUACAUUCGUGUAAAUAAGUUCAUGCCAGAAGCUGAGCUCAAUUUGAUAGGUAUUAUCUGGCCAAAUCUGCCAGGUAAACUUGAUGCUGCUUAUGAAGUUAGUAUGAUAGAUCAAGUCCGCUAUUUCAAAGGCAAUAAAGUCUGGGUUGUUCGAGAGCAUACUGUACUGAGAGGAUUCCCCACAGACAUCCAUAGCUUCUUUGGCUUCCCUAGCAGUGUGACACACAUUGACGCUGCCGUUUGUGAGGAAGAGACUGGAAAAACAUACUUCUUCGUUGACAACAUGUACUGGAGGUAUGAUGAAAAUACACAGUCCAUGGAUCCAGGUUAUCCUAGAUUAACAGCAGAAGAUUUCCCUGGAAUUGACGAUAAAGUUGAUGAUGUUUUCCAAAAAGGCGAAAAUUUCUACUUCUUUCACCAAUCAGUUCAACGCAGAUUUAGCCUCCGAAUAAGAAGAGUUGAUGACUCCCGUGAUUCUAGUACCUGGUUCAACUGCUAAAAAUAUUGGCAACCCAUUACCAAGUCAAUGGAAAUACAUAUUCUGAGAUCUUAAAGAAGAUAUUUUUCUGAAGAUCUAGAUCUUGUGUUUUAUUUACCUUCCAGAAGUGCUGAUACACAGAGCUACUAAGUACAAAUUAAUUUUAUUUCAUAGACUUUCACAAUUUAUAAUACAAUAUUUUAUGAACUGAAACAGUUUAGUACCACAGUUAUUAGGCUAAGAGUCCAUGUUCAUGGUGGAUGAGUCACUGAAGAAAGGCAUCUGUACACUGGAUGACUCUCACUGUGGUCCUGGGCAUCUCCUUUUGAGAGAGGAGGGUCAACAGAGGAGCUCUUCCCAAAGUAAAAGUGACUCUGAACUCAGGAACAGAUACGAAGAGGAAACACAUUGCUGCUUUGGUUUUGGGGUUUACAACAAGAUCUUACAGUUCGGUAGAUUCUGAUCUCUUCUACCUCUGAUUCCCACAUGCUGGUAUUCUAUAAUGUCUAGCAUACCCAACUAAGAGAUAUUCCUUGUACAAAAGUAUUUGAUACCUAAAUAAAGACAUUCUUGUCUCUAA